AUGGACAUAUUAGAUUCUACUAACUUUUUACACUCACAAUUAAUUACUAUAAAACUAAUACCACCUCUGUCCACCAUUACCCAUUUGAGUUCGACUUACGGAUUGUAUUGGCAGAACAUGCGCAAGCUAUGCACCGUGGAGCUGCUCAGCACCCUUAAGAUCAGUUCUUUCCGAUCUAUGAGAAGGGAGGAGCUUGGUCUUUUUGUUGAAUCGCUCAAUGAAGCUUCCAGACUACACGUUGCUGUCGAUCUUAGUGCCAAGGUCGUGUCCCUGACCGCAGAGAUAAGCUGCAGAAUGAUGUUUGGUAAGAAAUAUAAUGACAAAGACAUAGAUGAGAGAGGCUUCAAAGGUGUGCUCCAAGAAGUGAUGACACUAGUAGCAGCUCCCAAUUUGGGUGAUUACUUUCCUUUCCUUGAAGUCUUGGAUCUCCAAGGACUGACAAGGAAGCUGAAGGCAAUCGCAAAAGUUUUUGAUGUUUUCUUUGAGAAAAUUAUAGAAGAUCAUGUUCAAGCAGGGGAUCGUCCUGGGCAGGCCAAAGACAUUGUUGAUACCAUGAUGUCCAUAAUGCAACGUGGAGAAUCUGAAUUUCAGUUCGACAUACGUAAUAUCAAGGCCAUUAUGCUGGACUUGCUCGUAGCUUCAAUGGACACAGCAUCAGCUUCGGUAGAGUGGAUACUCUCCGAACUGUUGAGAAAUCCAACAGUUAUGAAGAAACUACAGAAAGAGUUGGAACAAGUUGUGGGAUUGAAGAGGAUGGUUGAGGAGUCUGACCUCGACCAGCUCGAAUAUCUCGACAUGGUUGUGAAGGAAAGCUUUAGGCUGCACCCAGCGGCUCCGCUGUUGUUACCUCACUAUUCUAGGGAAGACAGCAAGGUUAAUGGCUAUGACAUACCAAAAGGAUCAAGAAUUCUCGUCAACACAUACGCAAUCGGGCGCGAUCCAAAUGUAUGGACUGAUCCGGAGAUGUUCAUUCCAGAGAGAUUCAUCGGCAGUGACAUUGAUGUUAGGGGAAAACAUUUCCAGCUCCUCCCAUUUGGGUCAGGGAGGAGAGGUUGCCCCGGAAUACAACUGGGGCUCAUCCAAGUUCGACUGAUCGUGUCACAGUUAGUCCACUGCUUCGAUUGGCAGCUGCCGAAUGAUAUGUCGCCAGAGGAACUGGACAUGAAUGAGGAAUUUGGCAUUGUUGUUUCAAGGGUUAAUCAUCUCAUGGCAAUCCCAACCUGUCGGUUGCACAACUAGAUUAUUAAGCAAACUUGUAAAAAUUUGCUUCUGAAAACAAUUUAAAUAAGACAA